AUGUCUUUGGCUUCCCUACUUCACCUGAGAUCCCACUGCUGGAACCAAAACCUGGGUUUACACGACCAGCGUCUCGCUCUCACUUGGUUACAAGAAAUCAUCGCCUCCUUUGACGGCGACCCGUCCAAGGUUACAAUCUGGGGCCAGUCCGCAGGCUCCUUUUCGGUGGACCACCACCUCAAAGCCUACGCCAACGACACGCUGGUCCCAUUUCGAGCUGAAAUCAUAUCCAGCGGCCAGAUGAGUUUCGGAGAUCUCGCCCAUCCACCGCCCGGAACCGAUGCCUAG